AACUUAACUACCAACUGUAUUUCAAAUAGUUACCUGUCACCCUUUGUUAUCCUUAUCCUUCUCACUCAGCUCUGCACCACAGAGCUGAGAUAUGGUGUUUUCGUUUUCAUCUUCGUUGCUGACCACUCCACCCUCCACCCUUCACGUCCUCCCCGCCUCCGAUCCUCCGUACAACCUCCUCCAAACCCACCCAUCUCUCAUUCUCCUCUCCAAAUGCAAAAGCAUCAAAAAUCUCAAACAAGUCCACACCCACAUCAUCAAGACCGGCCUCCACAACACCCACUUUGCUAUGAGCAAGCUCAUCGAGUUUUGCGCCGUUUCGCAAUUUGGGGACCUCUCCUAUGCCCUGUCGGUCUUCGAAUGCGUUGAGAAUCCGAACCAGAUUAUUUGGAACACAAUUAUUCGAGGCUAUUCCUUGAGCUCGAAACCAUUACAGGCCGUGGAGUUCUAUGUAAGGAUGAUUCUUUCGGGCGCUGAACCCAAUUCUUACACAUUCCCUUCUGUUUUGAAGUCUUGUGCGAGAGUUGGGGCAGCUCAGGAAGGGAAGCAGAUCCAUGGGCAUGUGUUGAAGCAUGGAGUUGGCUCUGAUGCGUUUGUGCACACUUCUCUGAUCAACAUGUAUGCGAAAAGUGGUGAAUUGGACAAUGCAAGGUUGGUUUUUGAUAAGAGUCAUCUGAGAGAUGCGGUUUCGUUUACUGCUUUGAUUACUGGCUAUGUUUCAAGGGGUUGUAUGGAUGAUGCCCGCAGCUUGUUUGAUGAAAUCUUAGUAAGAGAUGCGGUGUCUUGGAAUGCAAUGAUUUCGGGGUAUGCUCAGAGCGGUCGGUUUGAGGAAGCGUUGGCUUUGUUUUCGGAUAUGCGAAAAGCAAAUGUGGUUCCUAAUGAGAGUACUAUGCUUACUGUGCUUUCUGCUUGUGCUCAGUCGGGGUCACUUGAAUUGGGAAAAUGGGUUGCUUCUUGGAUUGAAGACCAGGGACUUGGCUCAAAUGUUAGGCUUGUUAAUGCACUUAUUGAUAUGUACUCAAAGUGUGGUGCUUUGGACACAGCUAGAGGUUUAUUUGAUGGUAUGCAACAGAGGGAUGUGAUCUCAUGGAAUGUGAUGAUUGGUGGUUAUACACAUGAGAGCCGGUACAAGGAAGCCUUGGCACUCUUUCGGUUAAUGCUACGUUCAAAUGCAGAGCCUAAUGAUGUCACAUUCUUGGGCAUUCUUCCAGCUUGUGCUCAUUUGGGAGCUCUUGACCUUGGCAAAUGGAUUCAUGUUUACAUAGAUAAUAAGUUGCAGUGUUUGACCAAUACAUCUCUCCAGACCAGUCUCAUAGACAUGUAUGCAAAGUGCGGAAACAUCGAGGCAGCAAAACAAGUCUUUGAUGGUAUGGAAGCCAAAAGCUUGGCCUCUUGGAAUGCAAUGAUAACUGGCUUAGCAAUGCAUGGGAAAGCAAAUGCAGCACUUGAGCUUUUCUCGAAGAUGGCUGAUGAAGGAUUCAAACCAGAUGAUAUCACAUUUGUGGGAGUUUUUUCGGCUUGCAACCAUGGUGGUCUAGUAGACCUUGGACGCCAAUAUUUUAGUUCCAUGACCAAAGACUACCAUAUUUCACCGCAACUACAACACUAUGGAUGUAUGAUAGAUCUUCUAGGACGAGCUGGGCUACUUGAUGAAGCAGAGGCCCUAAUGAAGACCAUGGAGAUGAAGCCAGAUGGUGCUGUUUGGGGUUCUCUUCUUGGGGCUUGUAGAAUCCAUAAGCGUGUAGAGAUGGGUGAAUAUGUUGCCAAACAUGUGUUCGAAUUGGAGCCUGAAAAUGCUGGGGCUCAUGUGCUGCUAUCAAAUAUCUAUGCAAGUGCUGGUAGGUGGGAUGAUGUAGCCAGAAUAAGAACCACGCUGAACGAUACGGGAAUCAAGAAAGUUCCUGGCAGUACUUCUAUUGAGCUGGAUAGUGUUGUUCAUGAGUUUCUUGUUGGUGACAAAGUGCAUCCUUUAAGUGAAGAAAUCUAUGAGAUGUUGAAAGAAAUGGAUAGGCUUUUGGAUAUGGCUGGUUUUGUGCCUGAUACAUCUGAGGUACUCUAUGAUAUGGAUGAGGAAUGGAAGGAAGGAAUUUUGAGUCAUCAUAGUGAGAAGUUGGCCAUUGCUUUUGGUUUGAUCAGCACAAAGCCAGGCACAACUAUUCGAAUUGUAAAGAAUCUUCGAGUAUGUGGAAAUUGUCAUUCAGCUACAAAGCUGAUAUCCAAGAUCUUCAAUAGGGAAAUUAUUGCAAGAGAUAGGAAUCGCUUCCACCAUUUUAGAGAUGGUUCUUGUUCAUGUAAUGACAAUUGGUGAACAUCCCUUAAGGGGCGAUGGAAAUGCAGGUGUUUUCCUCUCUGUACGUGGAUGCAAUUUAAUUAAAAUGCCAUUUUUGAUCAUUU